CUGACGUAGCGCGUGCAGCUCAGACCCGCGCACGGGGCCGUCGGCGCUGGUUGUCGGCUUGUUUUUGCGGUGAGGGCCGUUGAUUUGGACCGCAGAGGCGUAGCGUUAGCGGCUGACUGUUUUAUUCGGGAAUAUUUGUGUCAGGGCGGUGGAGAGAAAGACUGAAGAAGGUGGAGGCUGUCCGUGCGGCUGUCACGAAGUGGCGGGGGAGAGCAUUCCAGAGGCACCGCUAUCAUAACUAAUUCAUUGUCGCUCCAGACUGGUGGACAGACGGCUAAACCGCUCACUCAUUAGGCUGAAAGACUCGGGGUUUUGUGGUGAGGAGUGACAGGAAGCAACAUGGUGGAUUACUAUAACAUUCUGGGAGUGUCCAAAACAGCCUCACAGGACGACAUCAAGAAGGCGUACAGGAAACUGGCACUGAAAUGGCAUCCAGACAAAAAUCCAGACAACAAGGAGGAAGCAGAGAGAAAGUUCAAAGAACUGUCUGAGGCCUAUGAAGUCCUGUCCGACAAGAGUAAGCGUGACGCAUAUGACUCAUAUGGAAAUGACAGAACACGACACACAGGUUCCUCCAGCUCAGACUUUUCAUCAGAUUUCCCAGGAUUCACCUUUACAUUCCGCAGCCCAGAUGAGGUGUUCAGAGAGUUUUUUGGCGGCCAGGAUCCCUUCGCUAGCUUCUUUGAUGACUUCUCAUCCUUUGGAGGUUCGUCUUCUCGCCUCGGCCCCAGUCGGUUCUUUUCUUUUCCUUCAGCCGGAGUUGAAUUUACUUCCUUCUCCUCUUCCCUGGGUGGUCUGGGUGGGAUGGACAGCAUGGGCGGAGGGAUAAGCAACUUCAAAUCAGUUUCUACCUCCACUCGCAUCAUAAAUGGCAAACGCACCACCACCAAGAAAAUAAAGGAGAAUGGGCAGGAAAGAAUAGAAAUUGAGGAGGAUGGGGUGUUAAAGAGUGUCCUAAUCAAUGGUGUGGAGGAUGAAAUGGCCCUCGCGCUGGAGCUGAGCCGACGAGAAGGACGGCCUUGUCACUCACCUCAGAAACCACAUAUCCAAAACAGAUCACCUGCCGAGUCUGACAGAUCUCGCUCCAGCACUCACUCUGCAGCCACACAUCGGUCAUUUAGCUCCGCCCCCUUCUACAACUACGGGGUCGCAGCAGGCAGUGAGGAUGAAGAAGAAGACGAAGACCUGCAGAUGGCUUUGGCAUGCAGCCUGUCAGAAAUGGAAGCCCAGCAGAGAGCAGCUGCUACCGACUUCAUAUCAGGUGCUGGGGGUGGGGGCAGAGCCAUGAGUGACAAAGCUGGUGGCCAUAAAGGAGGUUUGAAUGUGGCUGGUAGUGAAAUGAUUGUUGCAGGGGAGAAAGACGAAGAGUGGCAGUUUAAAAUGAGCUCAAGGCCUGGAGGUAGGUGGGAAAAGGAGGGAAAGGGAACCAAGCAGCCAGGCUUCUCUCCUGAGUCAACCACAACUUCCAGCACUACGCCAGUAAGCAGUGAAGAAGAGGUUGAACCUGCCAUAAAAAAUAAUGAUGUCAGUGUGAAAAAGAAAAAGAAGUGCGGGUGUAUUGUGUGCUAAUGCAGUGUGUGUGUGUGUGUGUGUGUGUGUGUGUAUUUGGGAUGCCUUAUUUUUUACACUUACCUCAGUUUUGUGCCUACAGCCAGACUCUAAUGUAAGGUGAUUGCCAGACUCUUAAUUUGAGACAGUGCCUCAACUAAUCACAAGGCUUGCAUGUUAACACCUCUAAAAGACCCAAUGAGUCAACUUUGACACGGACUGUGGUGUAUUUUCACAUAAUUUGCCAAUGCAACUAGAAGUUCAAAUGGUGUGAAUCAUUACGAAGGAUUGUUUCUGAAUGUAUAGAAAUUUGCCAAAUAUUAACAGACUGAAAAGAGGAGGGGGAUUAAGCAGGAUUUAGCUGGUAGUGAUUUAUAUCCCAUAAGGGAAGAGUGUUGUGCGUGAGCAUGUUUCUCUGUGUUUGUUUGGGUCAGUUGAGACCCUGCCAUAGAAUUUUCUCACUCCGACUCUCAGUCAAAGGGAAUGUAUCAGAACCGUGUCACAAACAAUAGAUCAAAACCUAAAGUAGGUCACAGAACUUUCCCUGGUGAUUUUCAUCACGACAUACAAACUAGUUGAAUCAAAGAAAGACCCCUGUUUACUGGUCAAUUGAUAACAUCUGAAAUAUGUACAGCAAAAAGUAGUUGAAGCACACGUUCACACGCUUUGUACAUACAAGUACAUUGUAAAUACACUCCAUGCACCGUUGUUUAGACUCGUAGCCCAGCUCUUACACUGUUUCUAAGUUGAAAUAGUAAAGAGCUCAUGCAGCUUGGAUGCACUUUUGCUAAACUAUCAUUACUGUAAUUGUUCAGAUUGUAGAUUGGUGGGAGGCAGCACUUUUUGAACUUUGGAAGCAAAGCACAGUGUAAAAUGUAUACAGCGCUGAGACUGAUUGUAAACCACAGUUACUAAUAAUCAUUACGUAAGUCUUUUCUAUUUUGAUCCUUUUGGUGCCUUUGCCUGUUUGGACAACUUUGCUAUGUGUUUACUUUGCUUAUAUUGCCACUGCAAACGUGCCAAGGCAGAAAAACAAAUGUAUUUUAAGCAAAGCAAAGAUAUUUUAAUCAACAAGUUGAAUAGGUUUUUGUGUGGUUUUGGAUGGUCCUUUCCUUACAACACCAGCUUUCCAGCCCACCUUUUCUCCACUAGAGGAAAAUGGUAAAGCUGUACAUUAGUGAUUGGGAGUGAUGUCAGGUGAGGGUGAUCAAAUUUAACUGCAUUGUUGCGAAUGUUUUAAAAUACGGAGCUUCAUCACCAAAUCAAUGCUAGGUUUGUUGCGCUUUGAACUCGUUUUAACUGUCGUGGUAGGAGAAAUACAUACAACUACAUUUUCCUUCUAUCAACAUCUGUUGAUCAAGUGUCCCUUGGCAGAACACUUAAUCCUAAUGUGCAACAAUAUACAGACUAUUGCACUCUGUUUUAGCUGAUAUUGCUGUGUUGGUGUCAUUCCUACAACAACAUACAAAAUGUUGCUGCAAGACCAUCAUUGCAACAGAACAAAAAGCAACAACCGAGAGACUGGGCGUUCAUGUCCUGUGUGGAACUUAUAUUGUUAUAUUGUUUUUAUACUUAAUUCACUAAUUUUCAGUUUAUUUUCAGUUUCCUGUCACAGUGUGUUUUGGUUUGGGCAACAAAACUACUUGGUUAGAAUUAAGAAAAGAUCAUGGUUAAAGUUAAAAUAUACCCUUUCACAAUGCUAACCCUUGUUAAAAGCUAACUUCUCCUAUGUGCAUAGUCAAAAAGCUUUGACAACGCAAAAAUGUGACUGGGCAGCUGCAGUAAUGGUCGUGGAGCAACUUUUAAUAUUAUGACACAGCGUUUUUCAGGUUUUUGCCUGAAAUGAGAUUGCAUUAAUACUAAUGAUAAGUAUUAAAAAUCUGGGAAAAUGAAGGACAUAUGUCGCUUUGAGAAUAAAUCUCAAUCGUCUCUGUUUUCAUAUCAAAUUGCGAUGUUACAUCUGCAGUUUGCAAGUUUACAGUCAGCAAAACAUGACGUUUUGCAGUUUACAUUCAUCUACUGCUGGGAUGGAUUUUUUUUGUCUUAUUACAAUCAUAACAGCGUACAUGUUCGUUGGCAUAUACGUCCCCACCAUUGCUUCAGAGCAAAACACGUCAUAUUAACAAUGUAGUGAAUGGCUUUAGGUACAGCUGCCUGUUCACAGAAGUGUGAAGAAAAACAAAGCACUGACUGUGACUGCUGCUGGAAAACUAUCGGACUCGUCUGACCGAGGUGUAGACGUGUUUUGUGGAUGAAGAAGAAGUGAACGAAUCCCAAACUUAAAUGAAAGUGUUUAAUGAAAUGAAAUGACUAUUGAUCAGGCUAACUCAACCUCUGAGCUACACUACAAAACACACACACACACACACACACACACACACACACACACACAUACACACACACACACACAUGCAUACAUUUAUUGUAGAAUACUAAUAACUGUUUUAAUGUGAUUGUUGCUGUGUCUGUGAAAUAAGGCUGAAAGUAACAAAAAGCCCUGCUGGUGCCAAAACACAACAGUGUUAAAAAAUAAUUACUAAGUAAUAUGUUAAAAAAUAUUUUCUGCUGCUGUUCAAGGACAUGUCUGUCUUAAUAAGUGCUGUCUUACAGGCAGUGCCCUCUUUCUCUGCCCUGCUUUCACACUGCUCAUAGAGCACAAUGCGUUUGUUAUUUGAUUGUCAUAUCUUUUUCAUGAGUGCUUGAAUUGUUUUGCAUUGCAUGAGAUUUGCUUUCACUUUAAAGAAUAAUUAUCAUCACCGGGAAAUAAGUACAGCUGUGGGAACAUACCAUCAGUUUAAAUCAGUUCAAAUAAUCUGAAUCUGAGCUGUUCAUCAUCUCUUCAAACUGUCAUUGAGGGUGGAGAGGCAAUGAGAAAGAGGCAAAUGGUUUCAUAAAUCUGCCUGUGUUAUUUGUACUACAUUGAACUGCCAUGUGUUUUUUGUUAUUUUUAUUUUCAGACUGUUAAAAGGUAAAUAACAAAUAAAGACUGAGCAG